AUGCCCACCGCGGCCCACCGGCCCAGCGAUGGGCCACCAUUCCAAGAUGUAUCGCAUCCAAGCCAACCAUCAUCAUCAUCAUCAUCAUCAUCAACUGCAGUGCCAGCAGCAUCUUAUCCCCCUUCGACGUCCAUAGCGCGCCCCAGUCCAAAGAUGCGUCCACGGCCUUUAAACAACCAACAUCAUCCCUAUCGCAUAGAGCUGCUCGACCUCACCCCCGUCUCGAUUUCCUUACUAUGGUCCACACGCCCGCCGCCUCUUAGUGCCAUCCCUCUCGAAGCGAUCAACUCGCAGCUGCGAAAACGCAACAAGCCCAGAUCUUCACCCAACGGCGCCGCUCGCAGCUCGUCUCCCGGUCGCUCCUCGGCUAGAGCUACGGCAAUAUCACCUUCUCCCACGUCUGCCACUGCAGCUGCUGUCUCUAAGUCCAGAAUUCCCGCAACUGCUCAAGCGUCAGCCUCGACGCAACCACUCGAAACACCCAUAUCCAAGCUCACAGAGGGUCUUGUCGCAACUCGAAGCUUGAAUCGCAAGGUCACAAAGAUCCGCCUUCGUCCUCCUCCCACCGUGCCAGUUCAGCUCAGAAGGAGCUCUUACAGCUCGGCUCCCUCCGAAUCGGCUCACAACUCUGCCAACGACGACGACGCUUGGCCUUCGGACGACGCUGCCACCGCCGUCGAAGAUGAAGCUGGCUCUGCUUCAGAUGCUUCCGACUCAGGCUAUGAGGGAAGCUCCGACGCCCGCCAUCACGUUACCAGUGUCUUCAAGGACCGAGUCUCGGUCAUCGUCAACGGCCAGGACUGGCCGCAUGUUUUGCUUGGAGAGCGCGGCUCCCACGAAGCCAUCGUCGUCAUCUUCGGCCUCGAGCCUGAGUCCGACUACGACAUUCAAUUCCUCGUAAAGGCCGGUCUUGAUGGCACCCACGAUGCUUUCCGCGCUACGCUGCGAACCAGGUCCGACCGCGACUCUUCUCGUUCCAUCGAUCCGGCUCCCCCCCUUAGGUCCUCUUCCCCCUCACCACUCAGCCGUCUUCCCGUAUCUGCACCCGAAUCCGAUGUCGCUGAAGCCCCGCCUCAGCGUCUAGCCGUCCUCCAAGCUGAGCUUGAAACCCUAGACGCCCUCAAAGCUUCUCUCGCCGCAGACGUCAAGCGGGCAAGAAAGGAGUCGUCCAAACAAGAAGCUGGUCUCCGCCACGAGAUCGAUGCUGUCAAACGUGGUAUGGACCGAAUGAGUGCGACCGAUAACCGCAGUCGCCAGAAAGUUUUGGCAUUGCAGGAGCUUAUAAAGCAGACCACCAUUCUCACCAAGGAGAUCCACGAGCAAGCCGAAGUUGCUGAGAAGGAGCAGCCCCAGUGGGAGGAACAGGAUGCUGAGCUCGAAGGCCAGGUGGAAACUUUGAGCAAGCAAGUCGAGGCGGAAGAAGCAGCAGCACAAGCAGAGUGGGACAAGGACGAUGCAGCUCUGGCUGCUCUUGAAAAAGAGCUUCGAUCUCUCGAAGCAGCGGCAAAAGCACUCGAAACUGAACGCGACGACUUGCGCGACGAGCAGCUCGGUUCCAUCCAGUCCGAGAUUGAAAAGAUCAAGGAAGAAGCCAGAGAAGUUCUCACCAAGCCUCCAGGCGGACAUGUCAGCAACGCUCGACGUGGUGGAGCUGCUGCCGGGGGCGCACAACGAGGUGGACAUCGUCAUGCCAGUGGACCCCAUCCAGCAGCCAACGUUAUGGGUCACAAGAACAAAUCAGGAGCUAGAGGUGGUAAGAUGGGCAGCUUUGGUAACCGUGCUGUCUCGAGUCCCGCCGGUCAAUUUAGCGGACCCGGAAACAACAGCAGCACGAGCGGCUCAGGCUUUGCUGGGGCAUCUCGAGGCUUUAUGCAGAGUUUCGGCAAAGGUUUCCGUCGCGGACAGAAUCACAAUCAACAGACCCAGAGCUUUGAUGCUAUCACUGCCACUGGCUUCACGGGUGCUGGUGUGUCAUCCCAGCAAGGUGCUAUGCUACCUCCAGGACAAGGCUACAUUUCAGAUCAAGCGAUGGGGAUGGGCGGCUUUGGUUCUAACGGGCCCUACGCCACCAUGGACUCGUUCUACAGCCAGCCACAACAGUCCUCACAAUUCCCUUCUGGUGUGUCCGAGGCGAGUCAGGAUGACCUGUACGAUCCCACGCUCGGCUUUGACCCCUACGAUCCGUCAAUCGAUGCUCGCCGCCGGUCAAGUUUGCCCGUGCCACAGCUCUCGUACAAUCCACCUCAGGUCAGACUGCCAGCGUCUUCGACAUCAACCACGCUCAACCCGACCAAUCCGGAAUUUGUGCCCUCGACUGGGUCGAAUCACGCUUCGCCCGUCAUCAGCAAAAACCCUCCGGUAGCUUCGGAUGGCAAGUUAAGCAUGAUCACCACCCUUCCCUCCGUUGCACCAGCGCAGACUGCCACACAGGCUGCUACUGCGAUUCAAUCGCCACCCGCUGGAGUAGCCUCCGUCGAGCAUUCGCCCACGUCUUCGUCCAGAUUCGCUUUCCCUCUUGCUCGUCACAUCCCUACCUCCAGCAUCGGCAGCAGCAACGGCGGAAAUGGCGGAGGGGCUCCAUCGCUGUCGAGCCAAUCCACGCUUGCAUCACCCAGCAACGCCAGCGUCAACCAAACCAACAUCCUGAACCUGCCACUCAGUUCCGAGUUCAGUGUGCCGCCUUCUUCCGGCAUGGGUUCGAGCCUGUUCUCCAUGGCAGCGCCAGGAGCGGCGAGCCCCUUUUCGAGACACUCGCCACUGCUCACGCAAGGCAUCGAUGGCUCCGGUUCAUCGAUGGGAUUCGCAGGUGCAAGUCCGCGCUUUGGUCCCAUGGGGCUGCACGCGCACGCCCUGGGUACGAGUGGCAGCGGUAGCGAUGACCAGGCGUCGUCAUCAGUACCGUUUGGCACCUCGUCCAAGUUUGGACCGCUGGACUACGAUCCGAGCAUGGACAGCUUUGGACGGGCGCCUGGUAUGUCCGGCGGUCUCAGCGGGGCGCACGGUUCAAACGCGCCCUCUGCGGCAGCACCCGCAGGUGGUCUGCCGCCAUUCAGCUCGAGCACUAUAUCGUCGAUCUUUGGCGCUAGCGACACUUGGUCUGCGCCCUCGGCGAGCAAUGCCAAUAUGCCACCGUCAACCGCUGGUUGGGUUACAUCAUCUCCUCCUCUCGGGAGCGGUAGUUUGGUUGCGAGCAAUUCGGCAGGAUCAGCUAGUGGUGGCGGCGAUAUCUGGUCAGCGCCAACACUGCCAGGCGUUUCGCAGUUAAGGACGAGGCUGUCUCUCGGUAACCUCAACUCUUCUUCGAAUACCUCGGGGUCUGGAUCGCCUACUACGGCUCCUGCUAGCGCAGCUGCGAACGGGCCUGCUGCGUUGGGAUCGUUUGCAAGCACGAGGAUGGGGUUGGGCGCUCUUGGCCAUGCAAGUGCGCCGAGCAGGUCUAGCCCUUUAGCCAGCCCAGUGGCUGCUGCUAGCUCCGCGGCUGGGGUUGCAGCCGAGCGCGAAAGCUCGGCCAAGGACACGGCAUCCACCACCAAUGACGAAGAGCUGCACGAGCAGCCGCAGUAA